GGCGCUGCAUACGGUACUGCCAAGUCUGGCGUUGGUCUUACCUCCAUGGGAGUUCUCCGCCCUGAUUUGAUCAUGAAGGGAGUCGUUCCCAUCAUUAUGGCCGGUAUUAUCGGUAUUUACGGACUGGUCGUGUCCGUAUUGAUCGGCAACGGAUUCUCGCAAACAAUGUCAUUGUAUGCAGGAUUCAUUCAGCUGGGCGCAGGUCUAAGUGUCGGUCUUGCUGGAAUGGCUGCGGGUUUUGCAGUUGGUAUUGUCGGUGAUGCCGGUGUUCGUGCCUCUGCGCAGCAGCCCAGACUCUUCACAGGAAUGAUUCUCGUGCUGAUUUUCGCUGAGGUGUUGGCCCUGUACGGUUUGAUCGUCGCCCUUAUCUUGAACACCAAGGCUUCGGACGCGAAAUGCUAA